UCUACUGGAGCAGACGUGCUUCAAGCAGUUAAGGAUGCAAUCGAUGCUGGGUACAGACACAUUGAUACCGCCUGGAUCUACCAAAACGAGAAGGAGGUCGGGGAAGCAAUUAAAGCAAAAAUAGACGAAGGCGUUGUGAAAAGGGAAGACCUAUUUAUUGUCAGCAAAUUAUGGAAUACCUUCCACAAGCCCGAAGAUGUGGAACCCGCCAUAAAUCAAUCUCUAAGUGCUCUCGGCCUAAAUUAUCUUGACAUGUACCUGAUGCACUCCCCUGUGGACUUUAAGCAAGUUGGAGACUCUCUUUUUCCAACUGAUAAAGAUGGACAUGUAAUACCGGCAGGAAUCGACUUUGUGGACACGUGGAAAGCAAUGGAAGAUGUUUACCGCAAGGGAUUGACAAAAUCAAUUGGUGUAGCAAACUUUAACAAACGACAAAUUGAGAGGAUUCUUGAAAAAGGUUCUGUCGUCCCAGUAACAAAUCAAGUAAGUUACACAAUAAACAGCUGACACUCCAAAGACAGA